AUGCGCUUUUCAUCUUUUAUCUCUGCAGCGGCGCUCUUCGUCUCGGCUCAGGCCGUUGGACCAUGCGACGAAAUUCCAGUGGCCAACGUCACGGGAGACGCCAUCACAGGAUUUAUAUUCUCCACCCCUUCUUGCAACGACUGGAUAUGGCAAUCUCGCGACAAAGGAACCAACACCACACUCAAAGCGGAUUGCUUCAUGCGACAGUCGUGGCCCAACCCAUCGCCGGUCACGACCGUGUGCAUCCGCGACAAGAAUGGCGACGAGAAUGACAAGAACAAAUGCUUCAAGGCUCCGACGGAGGCGGACCAAGGCAUCUGUCAACUGUCGGGCGAUUGGUGUACAUCUGUUGAAAACAUGUGGGGUUGGUAG